AUGACCUUCCCUGUUAUAUCCUUGAAGCCAAGCUACAACUCUGUGAUAAGAGGCUGUCCUGGGUUACCUGAAACGCUGCCGAGGGUGGAAUGUGAGUUUAGAGUAAGGUCCAACGAUGGCAAACCCUUUAAGAUAGACAAGAUAGAGGUUGCUUUGAAGUGCAUAGAAUCUCUGAAUAACCAAUCCCACCACUCAUUUAGCUCAAAGCCGAAGAUUGAGAAAACGACCGUUUUGUAUAGGAAGACUAUCAAGAUGACAGAGAAGAGAAUGCUGGGAAUCGAUAUCCCUUUUACGAUUGGCCUUCCUGAUGACAUAAAGGAGACGAAUCUCAAUAGCACUUUCGGUAGGACUGUCACGGUUUUAGAAUGUUAUGCCUAUUAUAAUGGACUGGAAGAACCACAAUCCUUUUCAAGAACCGUAAAUGUCGAGAAGUAUACCCUUCUACCAAGCAGCAGGCUCUUCCCAAGCAUCGAGAGACGAGUGUACUCGCCAGACAAAAAAUUUAUUGUGAAUUAUACAGUCAGGAAUCCCUGCGUCACUACUGAUGAUGUCCUCCAUGUCGAUUUUGAGUUGAAACCUAAUGCAAAACUGACAAAUGAAGGUUCAGCAAUAGCCUCCACGCCUUCAAUCUUCAAUAAGAAAAUGAAGACAAGGCUGAAACACGCUAUGGUACACUUGAAGGAAUACCUCGAGGUCUACGAUGACGGCAGUGGCGUAAAUACCGGCAGCGGAGGGGUCGGCAAUGAAACCAGAGAGAACUUGUUGUGUGAGUCAGUACAACCGAUCAAUGAGCUAAUAACUCGCAAUGGGAUAAAAUGGUCCAUGGACAUCAAAGUCUUUACCAAAAGCAAGUAUUUUGACGAGUUCGAGAGGUCAUUGCAGGAACCGCCUUCUCUUCAGCGCUAUGCCCAGAACAGUGUACGCACAGAGCAAGCGAGCAGCCCAAAGGUGACGACAGAACUUUUAAAGAAUAAAGCUGGUUAUGGCCGCGAAAUACCGUUUCAAUACCAUACAUCGAUAACAACGACCCGAGGAAAUCUCUACAGAAUUUUGCAUGGCAUUACAGUGAAAUUCAAGAUAAGCAAUGGGAAAAGCUUCCAGAUUAAUCAGUCGAUCGACAUUACACCGUGGGAAGCGGUACAUCUCAACACCAUCGAACAACUUAUACUGCAAGAGCGAGAGACGGCCAGGUAUGCGAACCAAUUCUAUCAGAAUUACGGUGGACUAAAGCGAGUGCCGGCUUCGACAACGCUCAACAACAUGAAGGGCCACAGGAUCGAAUACCCACCAUUACCACCAGUGGUCUACCUCCAUGACCAUCAGACUCUCAAGAGCUUGGACAUCGUCUACAACAGCAGUACCUUUACACGAAUUCCCUUGAUUGAAUAA